UGCGGGCGGAGCAGGGGCCGCCCCUUGGCACCCCGUCCCCGCCCCCGGCCCGGCCGUGCGCCCCGCCCGCUGGCCCACGGGCGGCCCGCUGGUCUUGCCGUCUGUCAGGUGCGAGGGGACCGGGGCGGAGGUGUCUGUACCUUCUGUGAGGAUUGAGAACAGGUCCCCUGGUGACGUUUGGUUACAGAACGAGGAGACACCGCCCGCCCACUACCGCUAACCAAAAUGGCGAACUUCACACCAGUCAACGGCAGCUCGGGCAACCAGUCUGUACGCUUGGUCACAUCGACCCACAACCGCUACGAGACGGUGGAGAUGAUAUUCAUCGCCACGGUGACAGGCUCGUUGAGCCUGGUGACUGUCGUGGGCAACAUCCUGGUGAUGCUGUCUAUCAAGGUCAACAGGCAGCUGCAGACGGUCAACAACUACUUCCUCUUCAGCCUCGCGUGUGCCGAUCUCAUCAUAGGCGCUUUCUCCAUGAACCUCUACACCGUGUACAUCAUCAAGGGCUACUGGCCUCUGGGCGCCGUGGUCUGUGACUUAUGGCUGGCCCUGGACUACGUGGUGAGCAACGCCUCUGUCAUGAACCUUCUCAUCAUCAGCUUCGACCGGUACUUCUGCGUCACCAAGCCCCUCACCUACCCGGCCCGGCGCACCACCAAGAUGGCGGGCCUCAUGAUCGCCGCUGCCUGGGUCCUGUCCUUCGUGCUCUGGGCACCUGCCAUCUUGUUCUGGCAGUUUGUGGUGGGCAAGCGGACCGUGCCAGACAACCAGUGCUUCAUCCAGUUCCUGUCCAACCCAGCAGUGACCUUCGGCACAGCCAUCGCUGCCUUCUACCUGCCCGUGGUCAUCAUGACGGUGCUCUACAUUCACAUCUCCCUGGCCAGUCGCAGCCGGGUUCACAAGCACCGGCCCGAGGGCCCUAAGGAGAAGAAGGCCAAGACUCUGGCCUUCCUCAAGAGCCCCCUGAUGAAGCAGAGCAUCAAGAAACCCCCACCGGGGGAAGCCGCUCAAGAGGAGCUGCGCAACGGCAAGCUAGAGGAGGCGCCCCCACCGGUUCUGCCCCCGCCGCCGCGCCCGAUGGCCGACAAGGACACUUCCAACGAGUCCAGCUCCGGCAGUGCCACGCAGAACACCAAGGAACGACCACCCACAGAGCUGUCCACCACAGAGGCCACCGCGCCUGCCAUGCCCGCCCCUCCCCUACAGCCGCGGGCCCUCAACCCGGCCUCCAAAUGGUCCAAGAUCCAGAUUGUGACAAAGCAGACGGGCAACGAAUGCGUGACAGCCAUCGAGAUCGUUCCCGCCACACCAGCUGGCAUGCGUCCGGCGGCCAACGUGGCCCGCAAGUUCGCCAGCAUUGCCCGCAACCAGGUGCGCAAGAAGCGGCAGAUGGCGGCCCGGGAGCGCAAGGUGACACGGACCAUCUUCGCCAUCCUGCUGGCCUUCAUUCUCACCUGGACGCCCUACAACGUCAUGGUCCUGGUGAACACCUUCUGCCAGAGCUGCAUUCCCGACACGGUGUGGUCCAUCGGCUACUGGCUCUGCUACGUCAACAGCACCAUCAACCCUGCCUGCUAUGCCCUCUGCAAUGCCACCUUUAAAAAGACCUUCAGGCACCUGCUGCUGUGCCAGUAUCGGAACAUCGGCACUGCCAGGUAGGCAGGCAAGGGUGCCCCAGAAGGUGCUGGUGGUCACGUGUGUGUGCUGAGCCAUGUGGUCUCUCCCGUGGCUGUCAGGGAGAGAUUUGGAAGCAUCUCUCCGUGUUCACGUUCGCUGAAAAGAACUGAGGUCCCCAAGACCCCGUGAGGCUCAGGAAGAAUCUCUGGCAGGAUUCAGAGAGACCAGAUCUCUGCUCAGGCUGAGGAGGGUCAGCCCCAGAAGCGUCUGAACCAAGACUGCCUGGCCCACCUCUGUUGCCCUGCCUCAGGGAGCUGGGAGGCACUGGCCUCCUGGGGCACCUGCCCCACUGUGACCAACCAGCAUGGCUGAAAUACUGACAUCUGGAGGGAAGUAAAAGCCCAGGAUCCCCCUUGGGAGGAGCAAAGGAGCCACUGCUUUGGAAAGGAGGCUUGGGAAGGGAGUGGAAGGCUGGGGUCCCCCAUUGUGCCGUAGUUGGUGCUUUCUCCCUGCUGCACCCCGCAUGUAGGCUCAGCCCCUCCUCCCAGGUCCCGUUCCAGGGGCAGAGCUCUCCCCUUGCUGCAGCUGUUCAGCCAGGCUCUGGGUGGGUGGGCUCUCAGGGCCCCUUGCCACAUGCCCCUCGCAGCCCUGCACGUUCAGGAUGGGGUAGCUGGGAGGUCAGGGGUGCACACUCAGGAACCGAGAUCUGGCUUCCUGAGGUCCCAUGCUGAGCAGAGAGGCCCAACGGAUUCUGAAGAGUUCUCCUAGCAGGCUUCUGCAGUGAGGGAGGCCUGGGUCACAGGCGAGAAUGGGGGCGGACUUGACUGUCACAGGCUUCAGUGACAGCGAGGGCCGGGCCGUACCAAAAGGCCUUUGGUUGAGUGUGGCUGAGAUGGGGAGUGUCAGUUCUAGGGAAUCUUCCAGGUUCCCUCCCAGUCCUGGUGUGGCCCCUGGAAAGACCAGACUGAAAGGCUCAGGUGACUUGAUGGGGGUCCCCUUUCAGGAGUCAGUAGGGGCCCUGGGAGAAAUUUUCAUAACCGUUCUGCUUUUCCCAUGAGCUCUGGGGAGCAUUCACCGCCAAGCCCCCCGGCCCCUAAAAGCCACAGUUCCCACAGCCUUCCCUUUCCCUUCACCAGUUCCUGCCCCAACAAAUUACCACAGCAAACUCCCUGGGAAGGGGCUUUUAUAUAUUAAAAGAAAAGCUUUUAUUGGGGGGAAAAAAACACAACGGUUUAUUUGUUUCUUAGUAAUGGCAUCUUUGUGGGGAAGGACAAAAGGGGGUACCGGGAAUCACAUCCCUCUGGGGCAGGAGGCUCAAGUGGUCCACAGUCCCUUGUUCCUCCCCAUUUGGGACACUUGGGGGUGGAGAAGUGAAAGGGAAGAAGCAGGGUAUGAUUGAUAAAGCUAAU